GACGUACAGAGGAAGCCGAAGGGCGACGACUCUCUGCAGACUCUGUUCCCCUCCCUCGGCCCACGCGGCCUGCAGGACCCAGGCGUCCCGUCCCCCAGCCCCCUUCUCUCUUUCCCACGCUCGCCUCCCGGACCUGCGCCUGACGAUGCCGUCGCUGCUGCUGCCGCUGCUGCUGGUCCUGGGAUGCUCGGCUGCCGGGGCCCAGGGGGGUGACUCGCCCAGGGAUUCGGUGGGCAUCGUCGGGGGCAAGAACGCCAAGGAGGCAAAGUGGCCGUGGCAGGUGAGCCUGAGACGGCGCGGAAGGCACAUCUGCGGAGGGUCCCUCAUCGAGCGGCGCUGGGUGCUCACCACUGCCCACUGCUUCAAUCCAGCAGAUAAGCCCUUCAAGUCCCUCAACGCCUCACGCUACCAAGUUCAAGUGGGGGAACUGAAGCUCUAUUCCCUGCCUCCCUCCAAGCUGAUCCCCGUGAAACGGAUCAUCGUGCACGAGCGCUACAAUGGCUACCCCCAACGUGGUGCCGACAUCGCACUGCUGGAGCUAAGCCGCUCAGCGGUUCUGUCCAAACAGGUCAAAGCCAUCCAACUCCCCUCCCCCAGACUGCCGGUCCAGUUGUUGACCAAGUGCACGGUGACUGGCUGGGGGAACAUCAAGCAGGGAGUGCCACUGCCUCCUCCCUACACCCUGCAGGAGCUCACAGUCACCAUAUUUAACUCCGAGGUGUGCAGACGUAACUAUCAAGAAAUAACAUACAAAAUUCAAGAUGACAUGUUCUGUGCCGGCGAUAAGAAGGAGAAGAAGGGCAUCUGUUAUGGUGACUUCGGGGGACCCUUGGCCUGCGAAGGGAAAGGCAGCUGGACCUUGGUGGGGAUGGUGAGCUGGGGAAUGCCCUGCGUACUGCCCCAUUUUUCAGGCGUCUAUACCAACGUCUCCAUCUACACGGAAUGGAUCCGUCAGAAGAUGCGCUGAUAUCCGAGGACACCCACACCCCACGUCCCUGCCCACACGUCCUUAUAUCUCCGAUCCUGCUGCUGCUGCUGCCAACUUCACGUCUCUUGGGGGUCCUGGAACUUGACCUUUACCCUCCCCCAAUCAUUGAGCUCCCACUGCUCCAUGUGACCUUCCUCCAGCCACCAUUCCUUUCCCCCUCCCUCCUCCUCAGCCUCCUCUGCUUCCCUGGGCUGGGCUUUUCCCUCCAAAUCCUUUUCUCCAUCUCUCUUCCCUGAUUCCCGCUCCCUGGCCCCUCAGGCCACUUUCCCCUUCGGUGAACAGGCACUCAAGAAUGGGAGGGGCUGGACACUGGUUGGUUUUUCUGGACCCCACCAUCUGUUGCAAAGCUAAGCAGCCAGAGAGGCUGGGGAAGUCAUCCGAGCUGAGGUCCCAUCUCUGCCCUGACAUGGGUUCUGCCCUGGGCCACUUCUGGGUCACCUCCUAAGCAAAUAUUCAGAGGGUUUGUAACCUGCCAGGGAGUGGAUGGGGCGGUGGGCAGUAGGGGGCUGGGGGCCAGGAGUGCCAUUGGCCACCCAUUAAACUGUUUGCAAAUGGA